AUGUCGCUGCAGGGGAGGGUCUCAAAAGUGCACGAAAUUCUUAUGAGAUCAACGGGAUACACAUUAACGGUAACUACAGAGGCUCUCCAAAAAGAGAUGGUGCUACCUCGACCGCAAAGCCCUCUUGUGGAGUCUGAGCUGGACCGACUCCCGGAGCACGAAGUUCGGCGUCUGGCGGGCUUGUAUCUGUCGCAGAGCCAGCGAGGCAUCAAGCGAUCUGCGAAUGUUGAGGUCAAGGACGAGGGCCCCGAGGCUUCUCAGCCAGAGCGGCCGGUGAAGGCGAUCAAGACGAAAGAGGGCGAGAAGGUGCUGGUCGAUCUCACCGGAGAUGACUGA